CAAACAAGCGUGCGAUUCGAGGGAGAUCGAGCCUCGACGCCCGCAAUGACGAUCUACUUACAAAGUGAAAGAUGUCUGGCAAGAAUCAACUGUCCCGCAGCUCGCAUGAGCACGUAGACACCAGCAAGGCUUACGACAGCCCGUCGAGCUGAGGCUAUGUGCUGAGUUCCGAAAGCCGAGAAAAACUUCAUGCUACCAUUUUCAGGCUCUUGUUUCUCCAGGUGAGCAAAUGCAAUGUGGAAAAAUAUCCGACGGAGCGCUUCAGAUCUCGCAAAGUGGGCGCCCGCUGAGCUUUGGAGAUUUUGACAUAAAUAUAACCCCGCGGUGCUUAGCAAUGGCCAAGGCCUCGCCGCACGCAGCAGAAUCCUCUCCGGAGCGCACGAGAAAUGACGAGAUCAAGCACUCAGAUAGCAGAAGAUCGGAUGCGAGCCAUCACCAGCGCGUUGGCGAUCUUCUUCAUCCUCACCAGCUCGUUCCACUUUUUCCGCAUGCUCUUGCCAGACGUCCUUGGCCCUCAGUCACACUUUGUUCAGACGCAUCUCGUACACAGCCCUCCGCUGUCCUCGAUCCGGCUCCCAGGUGGCCAGCUGCACAUCGACGAGUCAUACCCGAAGCGGCCUGUUCUGAUCUACGGUCUCCAUUUGCUGCCUGGCUUUCUCUGGCUUGCACUCGCGCCCUUCCAAUUCAACUAUCGCCUUCGUAACAAGCAGCGCGCUCUGCAUCGGGCUUCCGGCUAUGUCUUCUUCUCUCUUUCGGCGCUGCUAGCUCUCUCCGGCUUUACCAUGAUCGCAGUUCGCUUCAGCUACUCGCACCCAGACCGCUGGACGCUCCUGUUCGGCCUCCUUCCGACAUUCGAUGUCGCGCUCACCAUUUUGGGCGUUCUUUUCGCAUUUCCGCUCGUCCUAGCGCUACGAGGAGCACUGAAGCGCAACUUUGACCUGCACCGCCUCUGGGUGAUUGUGCAUGUGGGCGUGGGCCUCACAAUUCCCUACCAGCGUGUCUUCAUGUACACGCAGUUCUCUCUGUCCAACAUCCUGUCGAGAUGGGCACCCGAUCUUUUUGAGAGAGUGGUCGGGCUCCCGUCGGAAUGGGCACGGCAGCACAGGACUGCCAUCGGCGAGAGGGAGCUUGCCGCAUUCGCUAUCACGGGCUAUCUGGGCAUGCUUGCUGCCUCUGCGACCACUGCAUUUGUUCUCCAUCCGAUAAUGACGUCCAAGAGGGCAAAGUCGGUGUAGACAGUCAACUCGUGCCCGCGCAGCAAAUGCAAAAUAGGGUUUCGUCAUUCCAGAAAUACUAAGUCUUUGAUCACAACAUACAGUAGCCUCGGAAAUCAUGUGUGGGAUCAUCUCUGCUUCUUGGUCUUGGUCGAGCUAGCUUCAUGCUCGAACACAGAAGCCCAGUACGACAUGAACCAAGCACCAGGUCCUCCCAGCAGCGAGAAGACACUGGCACGUGCCGGCUUAUCUCCCCUUGAGCCAAGCUUCUCGUUGUGCAAUGCAGUCGCAGCGCCCACUGCAACAACAAUCGCAACCAUAUCCGCGAGAAGAAACCUUGCUCCUUCGUUGAACUCUGCCGCGAGGGUCGGACGGAGUCGCAGAGGGAGAUGAGGAAUGCCGAGUGUCUUGGAGAGCAGUGGCGACAUGAGGGCAGGGCUUUUCUCCAUCCCCGCUACCUCCUUUGCGUAGGGCAGAUCGUAGUCG